AUGCCCAUCUGGGCUGGGGACGAGCUGCUCAAUAUCUGCAUGAAGGCCAAGCCCCACAAGCAAGAGCCCAGCCCAGAAGACCAGCUCUACGAGGAGUGCAUCCCUUGGAGGGACAAUGCCUGCUGCACAACCAACACAAGCUGGGAAGCUCACCUGGAUGUGUCCUUGCUCUACAACUUCAGCCUGGUUCACUGUGGAUUGAUGAUGCCAGACUGUCAGAAGCACUUCAUCCAGGCUGUCUGCUUCUACGAGUGCUCCCCAAACCUGGGACCUUGGAUCCGGCAGGUGGAUCCGAGUGGGCAGAGAGAGCGAAUUUUGAAUGCACCGCUAUGCCAGGAGGACUGUGAGCAGUGGUGGACAGACUGCCACACAUCCUACACUUGCAAAUCCAACUGGCAUAGCAGCUGGGACUGGAGUCAGGGGAAGAGCCGCUGUCCUGCAAGGGCCUCCUGCCACCCUUUCCCCCAUUACUUUCCCACCCCGGCUGACCUGUGUGAGAAGAUUUGGAGCAACUCCUUCAAGGCAAGCCCUGCACGCAGGAACAGUGGGCGGUGUCUGCAGAAGUGGUUUGAGCCUGCUCAGGGCAACCCCAAUGUGGCGGUGGCCCACCUCUUUGCUAGCCCUGCCCCAUCCUGGCAACUCUCCUCUACUCUCAUGUCCUUCUCUCUGUUCCUGCCAUUCCUUUCCUGA